AUGCGAAUUCGAAUAGAGCCGUCAAGAAGGAGCGUCGUCGACUGGGGCGAUGGCUGUUCUUUCGGAGGAACGGGUGAAUUCCAAGGAUCUGAUUGGGAUGCCCGCCCGGGCCAUGAAUGGUUGGUCACCGAUCCAUUUGAGGACAAAGAUUUUACAAAAGUCAUUGAUGCGUCUGUCGCCGCCUCCCCGACUGAAACAGUGGCUCAAGAAUAUCGUGACCCGUUUUUUUACCUACCCAUGGAGUUCAUUCAUGGUAUCUUUGAAUUUCUCAACCACAACUCCAUGAUCAGUUUCAUCUCUGAAGAUGACAAUAACAACUGUUUGGAAGCUGAACAGCACUGGCUGGGCUUAAAGAAUCGCCGACGAAUCUGGGCCUGCUGCGAAAGAAUCGUGGACGAUGUUGAAAAGCGGUUCGCCGGUGCUAGGGAAGCAUGCGGAUUCGUCUCUGAAGAGAUAGAAGCUGUAUCAGCCUUUCGAAUCUCUACGCUCAUCGAGCCCAAAGAAAACGAAGAAAGAUGUGCCAGUGACGUAUACUUCUGCCCAACCCCAACAGACGCCCCUAGUUUGCAAGCUAUUACGGUCUAUUUCCUACCGGACGGCACUGUCAUUGGAAUCGAGUUCUCCCUCGACGGCGAACAACGUGGCCGGAUUCUUGGACAUCAAAGCAUCCCUUUCCAGAGCGUUACUGUGCCUUCGAGCGUUGUAAUUAAUGGAUUUCUCUUGUCGCUUGGUCCUGAGCUCCCAGCCGUCCGAGAUCGCCCAAUAAAAAGGAUUGGUGUCCUGACAGAAGAUAGCCCGCUACAGCCUCGGUUCAGAUUUGGAACAUAG